UAAUAAUCUAGAACUUUGACAAUAUGUCAAACGUUAAAGAGAAAACGCCUGUCGGAGGAGGAUGUGCCAGAGAUGUGAUUUCAAAAACUGUAACGGUGUGCUGCAGGCAAAAAGUCCCUUCCUGCCAUGUCUUCAUCCUCCUCCUCCUGCUUCUCUUCUCACUGGGUGCAUCUCAUAUGGAGUUUAUAGAAAGCCACAGUGAAUUCAGCUGUGAGCCCAUCAGACUGAGAAUGUGCCAGGAUCUGCCUUACAACACAACAUUUAUGCCCAAUCUCCUGAACCAUUAUGACCAGCAAACAGCUGCUCUGGCCAUGGAGCCUUUUCAUCCAAUGGUAAACUUGGUGUGCAGUGCCGACCUGAGGAUGUUCCUGUGUGCCCUAUAUGCUCCAGUGUGCACAGAGUAUGGCCGGUUGUCCAUGCCAUGUCGAGCUAUCUGCCAGCGGGCCAAGGACGAGUGUCAUAAACUCAUGGAUAUAUUCGGAGUAGCUUGGCCAGAGGAUAUGGAGUGCAGCAGGUUUCCAGAAUGCAAUGAGCCUUACCCUCGCGCAGAGGACCUGCUGACAGGCUCAGAACCCACCGAUCAGUCAUCCAUGACGGUCCAAAGAGAUUAUGGUUUCUGGUGUCCCCGAGAGCUCAAAAUCGACCCCGACCUGGGCUACACCUUCAUGGGAAGGAAGGACUGUUCAGCUCCCUGCCCAUCCAUGUUCUUCAACCAGCAGGAGCUGACCUUCAUCCGAUACUUCAUUGGAGUGGUCUCUAUUGUUUGUCUCUCUGCAACGCUCUUCACUUUCCUGACAUUUCUCAUUGAUGUUACAAGGUUCCGAUACCCUGAACGGCCAAUCAUCUUCUACGCUGUGUGUUACGUCAUGGUGUCGCUGGUCUUUUUCCUGGGUUUCCUCCUAGAGGACAGAGUAGCGUGCAAUGCAGUGAGCCCGGCCCAGUUUAGAGCUUCAACCAUCACACAGGGCUCUCACAACAAGGUAUGCACACUUUUCUUCAUGAUCCUGUACUUCUUCACCAUGGCCGGCAGCGUGUGGUGGGUCAUACUGACAAUCACUUGGUUCCUGGCUGCUGUGCCUAAAUGGGGCAGCGAGGCCAUUGAGAAGAAAGCCCUCCUCUUCCACGCUGUGGCCUGGGGCCUCCCUGGAGCCUUGACUGUCUCCCUGUUGGCCUUGAAUAAGAUAGAGGGAGAUGGGAUCAGCGGAGUGUGUUUCAUAGGGCUGUAUGACAUCGAUGCCCUGAGGUGGUUUGUUCUGGCACCGCUCUGCUUCAAUGUGGCGGUUGGCGUCUCCCUGCUUUUAGUGGGAAUUGUUGCUCUGAAUCGGGUGCGGAUGGAGAUUCCAUUGGAGAAAGAAAACCAGGCCAAACUAGUCAAGUUCAUGAUUCGAAUGGGUGUGUUCUCUGUUCUCUAUCUUGCCCCUUUAUUCACAGUGAUUGGGUGCUACAUCUAUGAACACACGUAUCGCAGCAUUUGGGAAACGACGUGGAUGGAUGAGAACUGCAGGAGGUAUCACAUCCCUUGCCCAUAUAAGGUUGAGGAGACCAGCAAACCAGCUAUGGUUCUGUUUCUCAUCAAAUACUUGAUGAUGUUGGUAGUUGGGAUUCCCUCGGUUUUCUGGGUCGGCAGUAAAAAGACAUGCUUUGAAUGGGCGAACUUCCUGCAUGGACGCAGGCGCAAAGACAGUGGGGUGAAUGAGUCCCGUCAGGUUCUGCAGGAGCAGCCAGACUUUGCUCAGUCUCUACUGCGGGAACCAAACACCCCCAUCAUAAGGAAGUCAAGAGGGACCUCUACUCAGGGCACCUCCACCCAUGCAUCCUCCACCCACUUGGCAGCUUUAGAAGAUCUGGAUGAACCCAUUAGGACUCACCAUGGACACCCCACAUCAACCAGAAGCAAGCCCAGCAGUGUUCACAGCAAGGCCAGCUACCACGGCAGCCUGCGCCGCACUCGAGAUGACAGGAGUGAUUCUUUAGCUCACCGUGGCACACCGGACCGCAAUCUCCAUGGCAGCAUGCCCCGGCUCAACCAUCCACUCUCCACUCACAGCAGCCUGCAUAAGAUAGACAGCUACUCGAGGCACAGCAGCCAGAGGGAUAUAUCAGAGGCUUCGCCGACCCUCAUCACCCAUGGAACCAUGGGUAGUGAUGGCCAAGCUGCUGAGAAGGAUGGAACCAAUGCCUGAAGGGUCCUUCAACAGAGGAAUACUGAAAGGAUUAA